AUGGAAGUCCAUGUGGAAAGGAACCAUGGCACCUCAGCUGACAGCCGGGCCUGUGACUGCCACCACCUCGACCCUCCAGCCCCGCUGGAGUGGUCAGAUGACCGUAGCCCCACGAGUGAGCCCAAGAAGGCCAGCAGCAUAUCUGCCCAGAUUGCCAACCCACAGAAUCCCGGGCGCGAGCUCCCGCCGGGACCCGGGCAACCAGGCGCGCGCCCGCGCGUGCGCACAAGGCCCACCCGCCCCGCUCGCCUCCAGGUGCGCUCGCGCUUCCGGCCGGCCAUCCCCGGGCGGAAACUCCACAGCCCGCGCAUGCGCUCUGCUGCUAGGUCAGGAAGGAGGCCCACGGCUUCAGGUGAUCCCGCCCCUCCCUCGCAGCGCGGGACCAAUCGCGCGGCUGUGGGCGGGAUUUUCGCGAAGGCGGCCCGCCCACACGCGGAGCGAGGCGUGUAUCGAUUGGUUGGCGCCGUGGGCGCAGGUGCGCGCUUCCUAUUGGGUGUGGGCGGGGCGCGAGCCGCGGAGGCUUCCGCGCAGGCUGCAGGGGCUGGGGGGGGCCGCGUGUCUGCCCCUGCCCGGGUGCGAAGAGCGGUGGAGUGCCUCAUCUCGGUCCCGGUCGAGGACGGGAGGAAGGGCCGGGGGUACGCGAGGGCGGGAGGCUUUGAGCGCGGCGUGGAGCGAAAGUUUGGAGCUGAAUUUCGUCGGUUUUCACUGGAAAGAUCAAAACCUGGAAAAUUUGAGGAGUUCUAUGGAUUACUGCAGCAUGUUCAUAAGAUACCCAAUGUUGACGUUUUAGUAGGCUAUGCCGACAUCCAUGGAGACUUACUGCCUAUAAAUAACGAUGAUAAUUACCACAAAGCUGUUUCAACGGCCAAUCCACUGCUGAGGAUUUUUAUACAAAAAAAGGAAGAAGCAGACUACAGUGCCUUUGGUACCGACACAUUAAUAAAGAAGAAGAAUGUUUUAACCAAUGUAUUGCGUCCUGACAACCAUAGAAAAAAGCCACAUAUAGUCAUCAGUAUGCCUCAGGACUUCAGACCUGUGUCUUCCAUUAUAGACGUGGACAUUCUCCCAGAAACGCAUCGUAGGGUUCGUCUUUACAAAUACGGCACUGAGAAACCCCUAGGAUUCUACAUCCGGGAUGGCUCCAGUGUCAGAGUAACACCACAUGGCUUAGAGAAGGUCCCAGGGAUCUUUAUAUCCAGACUUGUCCCAGGAGGUCUGGCUCAAAGCACAGGACUAUUAGCUGUUAAUGAUGAAGUUUUAGAAGUUAAUGGCAUAGAAGUUUCUGGGAAGAGUCUUGAUCAAGUAACAGACAUGAUGAUUGCAAACAGCCGCAACCUCAUCAUAACAGUGAGACCAGCAAACCAGAGGAAUAAUGUUGUUAGGAACAGUCGGACUUCCGGCAGCUCUGGCCAGUCUACUGAUAACAGCCUCCUUGGCUAUCCACAGCAGAUCGAACCAAGCUUUGAGCCAGAGGAUGAAGACAGUGAUGAAGACGACAUCAUUAUUGAAGAUAAUGGGGUGCCACAGCAGAUUCCUAAAGCUGUUCCUAAUACUGAGAGCCUAGAAUCAUUAACACAGAUAGAACUCAAUUUUGAGUCUGGACAGAAUGGUUUUAUUCCUUCUAAUGAAGCGAGCUUAGCACCCACGGCAAGUGGCACAAAUACAGAAUUUGAAACUCGUGCUCCAGAUCAAAAGCUCUUAGAGGAAGAUGGAACAAUUAUAACACUAUGAAACCAUUGUUUCAAUGUUUUCCGAGUGAGGAUGCCAUGGGGACUUGUAAAUUUGGCUACUUUAAAGCAUAUAUAUACCUCUGAACCAGUGACCUGGAAUAGGCAUGAGAAAAAUAAUAUUGCAAGCUUAAAGUGUUAUUAAAAUAGCAGUUUGAUAGUUGUUAAUAUAAACUUUGGUGGGUCAGAGAUGAAUUUAAGUCUAAAACAAAGGGGCCUUCGCUAAUGAAAUGCCGCGCUUUUGCUCUCGUCUCUGUUGAGAACUGGCUGUUGGAGCACGUUCUCAGAACCGUGUGAGAGGACCAGAUCAUUUCCAUUGAAGUGGUUGCAUAUUUACCCUGCUAUGCAGAGCCCAGGUAAUUUUUCCUUUAACUCUUUUUAAAAAUUCUAAUGUGAAGAAGUCUGCUUCUGUCUUUUGGUACCUUGGGGACCUCAGCUCCUAUGUUCCCUGUAUUUUAUUUUGAUUUUUUUAAUGUUCCUCUGUUGCUAAUUGUAACAAGUAAUUUUUUCAAAUGCUCUUUUCUCUGAUUCCUAAAAAACCAAACCAGUGGACUGUUUUUAGGAGCUGCGUCCUAUGUUGUUAAGCGUUGAAGCUGCUCCUGAAUUAACAAACUCGAUGACAGUUGUUCAGGUUCUUGUUUGUCCAUCUUCCAGCUUUCGUAUUUGCAGACUCAUUCCACGUGCGUAUAACUUAGUUGUAGAAGGCAAUCCCAUCGACUCGGGUAACGUGGAGAGUCUCCCCAACCUCUUCUCGUCUUCAUUCCCAGUCUCAUUGGACAUCAUUCCUUUUGUUUGUGUGUGCGUUUUGUUGGUGUGCUUUUAUACUCUUUCAGUGUAUUCAAGUAGAGCAAAUCAUUUUGGAUGAAAAAUGCACCCAAAUUAAGAGAUUUUUACACAGGACAAACUUGUGCACUUUUUAUGUGAAAAAUUUGAGUUUUCCUUAAUGGGAUUUCUAGGAACACUGUCUACACUUUAUGAAAAAUACGUAGUAUUCACCUUUGACAGGUAGAGUUUAUCGCUAUUAAUUUUAAGAGGCUAUUUAUUACUUUCCAAUGCAUCCACUUAGAACAAGUAGAGAGGAAGGCUGCUAGCUUUCAUUCCUCGCCUGGUUUCACUGUAUGACGUGCACAAGCGCACAGUAUGCUUGUAUAUAGAAACUAAGAAGAGUAUGGAUACGUAAGUUCCCUGUGGCUUAUGGGUAUUUCUCUCAGAGUUAUUUAUUGAUGAAUUUUAUGGUAGGCCUAGUAUGGAUACCUUCAUAACAAUGUGUGCUAUUAAAACAAUGAAGAAUCAAAUGACUCCGUUUUGAAGGAUAUUUUCUCUAUAUGGUAAAAAUAUAUGAAGCGGUAAAGUCAAUUAAGUGAAGAUCACUCGACUCAGAAUACUUAAAUGUAUUUUGUGCACAUUACCACUGAACAUAUUAUCACUAAACUAUUAACUGCACAUUACUAUGUAAUACAUUGUACUUUUUGUUGAAUUCACCCAAGUUCUUCCACUUAUAUACCACUAUUUUUUAAUGGCAUUCCAGCUUUAACAUUCUGUGAGUUUUAUAAAUUUGACUCUUGAAUGGCAAAAUAAUGUUAAUAUGUAGAAGGUUAAAUUGCAUUUAUAUUAUAAGCGGUGCAGGGGUUCAACAUUUUAAGUAAAAAUACUUUCACACACUACCUCUCUCUCUCUUUUUAACAAAGUUUUAACAUCAGAACUUUUCUCUUGGGGGAAAAAAUACUUCAGGGCUUGAUUUUUUUGUACAAAUUUUAACUGUAAAAUGCAGAUUUGUGUUGUAUGUAUUCAUGAAAAUGGAAAUCAGAGCUGCUAGUGCUUUUUAUUUUAAUUCUCCUGCUAAGGGUAUACGUCAAUGGUGUUUUCAAUUAGAUCUCUCAUUUAAAUUAUUGGCAAAAUAAUUGAUUACUAGAUGUAUUGUAAAACCAGUAGAGCUUGGUUAUACAAUAAAAUGUCAGUUCCUGGGUAGUCUGAAUCAGUUAUUUCAAGUGUACCUUAUUAACAAAAAUAUCAGUGGAUUCAGCACCAAAUUUUGUAGUACUAAAUGUCAGGCCUAACUGUGAAUUUUGUUCUGUAUCUUAAGUAAAUUUAUGAUAAUGUUCUCAUGAGCUAUCAACAAAAUAUAUAUACUUUUGUGAACUAUGAAUUUUCUAAUUAAAUUUUCCAUGCGACAACAUGA